GCCAUGACGCACGGAGCGCAGUCAAUUCAAAAUGGAGUAGAAGUGAGAUUCAAAGAAGCGCUAGCCGUACAAUUUGUGUUUUUACUUAAAUUGUAGAUCUGUGUGGUGUGGCUGGUCAACAUGGCAGAAAAGAAGAAACCGGGAGGCCUUAAUUUUUUCAUGGGUUAUGAUGACCUCAGCGACAGCAGUGACAGUAGCGAUGAUGAGGGACCGGAAUCAUCCAAGACCAAACAGGAGGCCAGUGCGUCAAGCAAUGUCGCAGCCCAGCAAGGAACAAAACGAUCGUCUGGUGGCAUCCCUUUGCCUAAACCCGACGACCUUUUCAAAUCGGUUUCAAAACCCACAUUCCUCUAUAAUCCCCUCAAUAAACAGAUCGACUGGGAGAGCCGCAUCGUGAAAGCCCCGGAGGAGCCCGCCAAGGAGUUCAAAGUCUGGAAAACCAAUGCGGUGCCCCCACCUGAGAGCUAUGCCACAGAGGAGAAGAAGAAGGGGCCACCCCCAGGCAUGGACAUGGCGAUAAAGUGGUCCAACGUUUACGAGGACAACGGCGAUGACGCGCCACAGGCCGCUGUCAAAGCCCGCUUCCUACCUGAAGAGGAGGACCAGUUCUCCGAUCCAGAAUCAGACGAUGACUCCAAGAAUUCGUCCAAGUCCGCAAAGAAGCAGCGGGUGGAGACCUUCCAGCAGAAGGAGAAGCGCAAGAGAGACAUGGGCCAGGCCACCUCCGACAAGACCUUCGUGGAGGAGGAGAAGAGGAUCCUGAGACAGAACGUCGACUGAGGCCUCCUGCCUGACCAGCCUGAUCAGCCCCUCUCUAGUCUCCAUCAGAGAAGCCAGUGACUGUAGGCCUACAUGGGGUGUCAAAUAGUUCUCCUGGAUAAAUCUCCUCUGAUCAUAUUUGCAAAGGGGGAGAAAAGCUCCACUCAUCAGAUUUCCAAGGCGGACAUUUCUCCACUUUUGGGUUUUGUAUACAAUGGUUGGGUUGCACAUUUGUAAACACCACUGGCUUCGCACGCCUGGCUGCGCACUCUUCAACCUCUUCCAACCCUUUUGGAAACUGCUGUCGCUCAAAAAAUGAGCUCACAUGGUUGGCUGCUUAGCAGCUUGACCCUCCUCACAACGCAAAUGUUUGUAAACGUGUAAUCUAUGUACAGUUGAGGACGAUAUCAUUAGCCCCCCUCCUGAAAUUAGACAUCUCUCUUGAUUUCUCAGUGAGAAGGACCAUUAUGAACCGUUUCUGUUAUUCUGGAAACAAAUACACUGAUGGAGAUAAUGUCCAAUGAGUUGAGAAAUCAAGAGAAAUGUCUAAUUUCAGGAGGGAGGCUAAUUGCAAAUUUGAUGAGUGGAGAUUUGUCCUGCCGGUGGAAUUGUCCGGAUACUGCCUUUCUAUGGGCACAGCACGGUUCAACGGAUCGGAAGCAUUUUCAUUUGCUGAUUUGCAACCAGAAGACCACAUUUCCUGGUUGCCCAAUCAGAAUCUCCUACCCGAUAUCAGGGCAGGACGCGAUAAAGAGCUGGUGUUUCUGAUUGGCAAAUUGUAACAAGGAUAUCAGCCGGGUUGACGGCAAAUCAGCAGUUGAAAAAUAUUUCAAAUCUUUUUAACUGAAUAGAGUGGAGUCUUUGAUAUCCAUUCUAAUGUUUAGCCAUUGAGAGGAACUUGCCCAUCUCCCAGGCUGGGGAACUGACAAAGAAGGAAGUGGGAGGGUAGUGUAGCGUUUGGAACACCACCUCCACCCCACACCUCUACCUGAUCAAUAGACUGUACCUUAUCCACCAUUUAGAUGUCAUUGUCCCAGUGUGUGGCCACUAGUAGGCCCGUCACCCCCGGCCACUUGAGCGUAGCUUGUGGAAGUUAUUGUGAACUGCUGGAAACAAACAGACAACUAUCUGACAGAUUAUGUAUGGAGGUCUACUAUGAGGUAGGUCUGCUGUUUCUCCCUGAAAGCUCCUCUGUCCAGGAGCACAUCCUGAUAGUCUCCAGUUGUUGCGUUUUUAUUGUUUUUAUUUCCCUUAUAAUUGGAGUCCUCUGAUGACUUGUUUUAAAAUGGUGUCAUUAGAAAAGAAGAGAGAUGGGAGAGCGCUGCCUUGGGUCUCAUUCAAGUGUGAUGCGCAGGUGCUCUUCAAGAGGAAAGGGCAUCAGAAACUUCAAAGUCAAAGGAGGGUCCCGAGACAGCACUGAUAUUGACUUUUUAUUUUGUGUGGCAAAAAUGAAAAGUCAAUAGCAGUGUAGCCUCGGGACCCUCCUUUUACUUUGGUGUCAUUAUAAGCCAUAGACUUAAGUUUUACUUGAUUCAUGGUAGAAUCAGAAUGCCCAUCCAAAUAUUCUCUUGGCAUUUGCAUUUAUAGAUGUUUUGUUUGUUUUUUUGUUUUGUUAUUUUUUUUGUAUAUACAGUAUGUAUUUUGGACUUAGUUUUCUCUUCUACUGUGGUCCUGGAUGUUGCGAACCAGAAAGGUAUCGCUUUACUUCAAGUGUUCUCCUUUUUCUGAAUUACCACAAGGAGGCGCUGUCUGACAAGGUUACUUUCAACACAUGGGAACGCGUAUGAGCCAGCACACAGUCAACAAUUACACCAAACCUACUGUAUGUAUCACUGUGUGUGAAAAUGUGCAUAAGACAUGUGAAGAGUCAAAGAGAUAAAAACAUGGGACAGAAUCUUUGCAAUAAAUGGUGUGUUUGAAACACUGUAUGUGGCUCUGA